AUGCCUCGAACGAAAGCGUCGGCGAAGCGAGAGGUUGAAGCGGUCGUCGAUGAAGGCGAGGGAAAACAACAGGAGGAAGACACGGAAAAAUCAUCGCCGCUGUCGCCAACAACAAAGAAGAAGAAAUUGGUGAAGAAAUCAUCGAACGAGAAGAAGAGAAAGAUCGAAGAGGAAAAGGAGGAGGAGGAGGACGCCGCGAAAGUCGCUUUGAAAGAAGACGACGGAAAGGGGGAUGAUGAUGAUGUUGCCGCCGCUGAAAAGUCGACGAAACAUUCGACGAAACGCGCGAGAGCGAAUAAGGAGAAGGCGGGGAAAAACGCGAUGGAGAUGACGAAGAAAAUUAAGGAAAAACAGGAGAAGGAGAGAAAGAUAAAGACGAAAGAGGAGGAGGAGGAAAAGGAGGAGGACGGAAAGGCCGACGCAGACGCAGGCGAGGAGGAGAAGGGAGAACGAGGAACACCACCGGCGAAGAAAAAGUCGAGCAAUAAAGUCACGGUGGGUAAGAAGCAACCAGCCGCCGCCGCGAAGGGCGGCGGCCGAGCGAAGCGAGGAAGCGCAAAGUUAGAACCGGCUGUCGUCGAGGAAGCUCCGGUGGUAAAAGUGCCGUCCUCGGUGCCACAGCUGAUGGAGUUGAAACAAAUCAUGGAACGGGAAAUGAUCGAACACGAAGAGGCGAGCGCGUCGAUGCGAGCGGCGGAGAUGGAAAGGAUCGCGGCGUUGAAAGCGUUGGACGAGGCCAAUAAGAAGGCGGAGUUUUCUGGGUCGCAUUUGAAUCGCGUGGCGAGGAGGAUGAAGCAGACGGCGAGGAAGGUGGCUGCGCAAACCGUGAACGCACAGAUGUUGGAGCAGACGAUGAUUACGAAAACCGUGAAGAAUUGGGCCAAGAGUAAAGACGAAGGGAUGAAAGAGGCGAGCGAUAUAUGCAUGUCGAUUAUGAACGAGUGGAUUGAUUUGGUGAGAAAUACGGCGCAUUUGAUGCAACAACAACAUAAACACGAAGGCCCAGCGACGGAAUCGCCGAUGGAUGUGGACACGGAAAAGAAAGGCGAGGAAACAAAAGCUGGAGAAGAGGAAGAAAAUCCCCUCGAUGUCAAGAAAGAAUCCAAAGCCAGUGAGGAGAACGAGAAGAACGCAGCUAAGAGAGACGACGAAGAGAAGAAAAAAGUAGAAAAAGAGGAGCAAAAACCACGAGGAGGAAUGCCGCCACCAAAGAGUUUACCCGGAGGUAUUAAAGUCGAGCCUAACCUCCCGGGACCACUCGCGGAUAUUUACAAAAAAGCCGCCCCCGGCGCGUCGAAAAUUCUCGAGGAAGCGAAGAGAAAAACCGCCGCGAUGCAUUCCAUCGUUCCGAAAGAACCCGACCACUCCUCCGUCCGCUUGAAAGUCCUCUCCUACCUCCAAAGUACAUUCAAACUUUCCAAGGACGCCGCUUUGACUUGCGAAGCAGCUUUAUUCAACGCCAAAGCAGUCGUCGGCCUCGAUUACAAAGCGACUUUGAAAAAGCUCAGCGAAGACGGAAUGUCAGUUUUAAAAUCGGGAUCGGCGAACUUAGACGUCGGUCGAGUCCCUCCGGGUUUGACCUUGUUCAUGCAACAAACGAAGUCGUUGCAGGCAAAGAAGAAGAGAAAGAGAAAGAGCCUCAAGUAA